GUUUUGCCUUUUUUUGAGGUUGCGCUGAGUGUUCUAUGUUUGUAUACUUUGUAUCUCCCACACUCUCCUGGCAGCUGUGAUGCAUCCAUGCUCUGCUAAACCCCUGUCCUCUUCCUCUGGCUCUUCCUGAAGAAUUGGAUCUGCCUUACACUGCAUGCUGGAUGCUGGGGGCAGCAUGUCCUGGAGAACAGGAUGCACUGGCUCCCACAGUUAAAGCUCUGAGGUCUGCAGAGGGCAGAGAAGAAGGAGGGUGAGCCCCAUCACUGAGAUCCCAAACACAGAGCUUCCUCCUGGUUGGGGGGUUUGAAUGUGCAGCUAACGGGAGCAGGAGGAAGCACAAAGGGUUAAAGGCAGUAGGGGGAAUCAGCAAGAUUGGGAUUUACAGCAUGGAGGAGAAUGACCAGAAUCCAAGGGAAUUGGAUCAACAGCAGGAGUCGGCUGAGGAACCCAAUAGGGGGGUCCAGCCCCUGCUCCAGGCUCCUGGGAACCACCAGCCCCAUCACAGGGUGACAAACUUCUUCAUUGACAACAUCUUGCGGCCAGAAUUCGGCAGGAGGAAAGAGGGGACCAGCCAGCAAGAUGAGGUCUUCCCAGCCAGGGACAGUGGGGGGACCCGCUCUGGGGCAGAGCCUGGACAGCACAGGGCUGUGGCCCUUGAGGGAGAAGGGGUCCCCAAGACCAUCACUGCCACUGGAGACAAUAAAUGCGAAGGGGGCAUGGAGGGGUCUCUGAAAUCCAGAGGACUUAAUGGAGACCACUCCAUGAGCUCUGACUCUGAUAGCUCCCAAGCCAGCUCCACCAACCACCAACAACCCAUGUUGUGGCCAGCUUGGGUCUACUGCACCAGGUAUUCAGACAGACCUUCAUCAGGUAAGCCCUCAGCAACACGGAGCCAGUCCUCCUCAGUUUAGGGGUAGUGAGGACCACAUGUCCCACCAUCCUGUAGAUAAACUGGUCAAUGGGUUUAUAAAGGUGGAUAGUGGGACUUUCUAUACUUCAUAGAAUUCUUCAAACCACAUACACAUGUAUUUAAAUAUAUAUGUAAUAAUUUUAUAUGUGUGUUUGUGUGUAUUAUUUUGUAUUUUAUUUUAUUAUUAAUAUUAGAUAUAUAUAUAUUAUAUAUUAGAUAUCUAUUUAUAUAUUAAGUAGUCCUGUUAAAAUGUUAAAAACGGAGCUAUACACAAUUAUCAGGGAAGGAUCCGUUUCCAAAUUGGAGAUCAUACUGUGUGUGAUGCAGACUGCCACAUUCUGUCUGAGUGGAAAAAUAAUACGCAAAGACAACAAUUUCGGUUUAUUUUCAGCCACACGCUUCAAUUUAGUAACACAGGCAGCGGCAACAAUGUAUCCUAUUUGCAAUUACACGUAUCAGAGAUUUUGCAUUUUAAAUUAAUCAAAUUUGGGGCUCAAAAGCUUCGCCCAAAGCAAUCUCUAUAUACACAGCACAACCAACUAAUUUUAUUAUAAAGAACACUUUAUUUACACGAUUUUCUGCUAAAAAUGCAUGAAAUAAUAAUAAAAGUAUGCCUCUUAAUAUUCAAAUAUAUAUACACACACACACAAAAUACACACACACAGUUUUCUUUCACAAACUCAAACAUUCAAAAGCGAGUUGUUGUUUUCUUUUUGUUUUGUUUUUUAAAUUUAAAAUGAGCCAUUGUUACUCAAGUCUGUUAAUAAUUAAUUAAAAAUGCCGAUGGUAGAGGCCAGUUUGAAUUUUAUUUUUUUUUAAAUAUACUUUAAGCUAUCAAUUCCAUUUUUGAAAUGGUAAUAUCUUACCAACGAAAGUCAUUAAGUAAUUUUGCAUUUGACUAGAGAUUUAUUAUAUUCCUAUUAAUUUUUAAAAAAAAACAUCAGUAUUUAAAAUAAAUUUCAUCAAACGAGGGCAGUUAUUCAAUUAAUUAAUUUUCCUUUAAUUGCAUUUUUCAUUGACUGAGAUAAUGAAACCGACGUACAUUUUAAUCUGUAAUUUUAAUUCAAGGCCAUAAUAAUAUUUUAAGAAAAUUUACCACGAACAGAUACAAUUAACGGUGGUGGUAAAUCGUUUAGAAAUACCAUCUUAAACGCGCGUGUAGUCCUAAAAUUAUUACAAUUAUUUAUUAUUUUUUUGUCCAAAUUUAUUUGAAAAUCGUUUUAACCGGCUACACAUAACCUAUAUUUAAAGUGAAUUAUAAAUGUUAAUUCUAAGGGUUUGUAGUAUAGUUAUCCCCCCAUAUCCCUUUAAAAUGGAAUGAUCUAAUAUUAGAAUUAUUUAUUGCUUUUGGGAUUUUUCUGUAUAUAUUAUGUGUAUUUGUGACUUCAAAGACACUUGUGAAUUUUUGCAUGAUUCUUGCAAUAUAUUCUUUGCAAAGUCACCCACAUAGGCUCUCCUAACAAAAAACAAACAAAAAAAAAACCCAUAAUUCUAUAACAUUAGAUCCCUUAAAAUAGAAUUUUAUUGUGUGCAUUUUUUUUCAGGAUUUUUGUUUUCAGAACCUUUUCUGGAUUUUUAAAUUUUAUUUUAUUAUCAUUACUAAUAUUAUUUUUAUUGGUUUUAUUCUGAGCAGAAUGAUGCAAUGAUCAAUUCACAGUCCCACAAUAUAUUUGGAGUGGAGACCACUCUAUCAGCCCUCCAUCAUUCCCCCUGUGGAAUUUUGAGGGGUGCUGUUGCUAUAUAUUAUAGGGGUGUGGGUAUCUCAGUGAGGAGGAGAAUGGGAGCCCACGUGCCUACGUUUAGAUAUGAGUUGAUGGUUGCUUGUAGUAAAAACACGUGUGUGGAAGUGCUUAAAAAUAUUUCACAGAGGGAGCGUGGAGUGAGGGGGGCUCAGAGGCUGGAGAUACAGGCCGAGUAUGAUAAUGUGAGAUUAGACAUGUCUCUAUACAAAGGGCUUAACAUAUGCAGAAGAUGAAAAUCUAUGGAGACUGAUGUGCAGAGGGAAAAUGGAGAGAAGGAGAGAUAGGAGGAGAGAGAUACUGAGAAAGAGAGAGAAUGGAGAAUGUUCAGUGGAAGUGAUACAAAUUAACAAAUAGAAGAAUGUGGAGAAUAAAAAAAAAGGGGAGUUGGAGACAAAAGGGAUAAAAGUACAGAUUGAGAUACAUUUCUGGAGAGACAGGGAAUGUUCUUGGGGAGAGAGAUAAAAGGACAGAAAGAGAUAAAUAUUUGGAUAAAGAGAUAUGAUGAGAUACUGUAGGGAAGAGGUGAGAGAGAGACCUGGAAGAGGAAAGAAAAAAUGACAGAUGGAGAGAAAGAGAGAGAGCGAGUUAGAGAGAGAGAGAGAGGACAGAGGGGGUGAUGGGGAGAAGAGAUUAAAGGACAGUGGGAAGCUAGGAGAGGAAGGAUGGGGGUAUUAGAGAUGGAGGAUUAGAAGAACAUGUGGAAGGGGGGAGAAUACAAUUAGUGGGAUAAAGAGAGAGCUAGCUCUGAUGAAGGAAAGACUAAGAAACAUACAAAGGGUGCUAAAGGUAAAAUAAGGACAGAACCAGGAAGGUACUAUCAGGACAUACAGGAAUAGAGAAACAGGACAGGAGGAAAUAAGGAAAAACGUGGAGGGAGAAUGGGAAAAGAGAAUUGUGAGAAUCCAGACAGAGGGCUAAAUGGGAGAUAGAGAAUAGUGACUGCUAGAUGGGUUAAAGAGACAGCAGGAAAACAAGGAGGUGUAGGGACAGCCAAAACGAGGAUGAGAAUAUAGAGUUGAGAUAACUAGGGCAAAGACAGGAUAUAAAGGGACAAUAAGCGCAGAGAGGAGGAAACAAGGACACAUGGAUAGAGAAUAAAGACUGGCAUCUAUCAGACAGGCAGCAGGGGAUACAGAAACACAAACUGGACAGAGAAAGGGGAGACAGAGACACAAACCGUACAGGGAGAGGGGAGACAGAAACACAAACUGGACAGAGAAAGGGGAGACAGAGACACAAACCGUACAGGGAGAGGGGAGACAGACACACAAACCCGACAGGGAGAGGGGAGACAGAGACACAAACCGGACAGGGAGAGGGGAGACAGACACACAAACCGGACAGUGAAAGGGGAGACAGAGACACAAACCGGACAGAGAGGGGAGACAGAGACACAAACCGGACAGGGAGAGGGGAGACAGAGACACAAACCGGACAGAGAAAGGGGAGACAGAGACACAAACCAGACAGGGAGAGGGGAGACAGAGACACAAACCGGACAGAAAAAGGGGGCAGGGCACAAAACACCAGAGACACGAGGAGGCAGGCCACACAAACCGGACUGAGUAAGGAGACAGAGCACGGCCCGCACAGGGAGAGGUGAGACAGAGACACAAACUGGACAGAGAAAGAGACAGAGACACAAACCAGACAGAGAGGGGAGACAGUGACACAAGCCGGACAGAGAAAGGGGAGACAGAGACACAAACCAGACAUGGAGAGGGGAGACAGUGACACAAACUGGACAGAGAAAGGGAAGACAGAGACACAAACUGGACAGAGAAAGGGGAGACAGAGACACAAACCAGACAGGGAGGGGGGAGACAGUGACACAAACCGGACAGAAAAAGGGGAGACAGAGACACAAACCAGACAGGGAGAGGGGAGACAGUGACACAAACCGGACAGAGAGAGGAGAGACAGAGACACAAACCAGACAGGAAGAGGGGAGACAGUGACACAAACCAGACAGAGAGAGGACAGAGAGAGGAGAGACAGAGACACAAACCAGACAGGAAGAGGGGAGACAGUGACACAAACCGGACAGAGAGAGGAGAGACAGAGACACAAACCGGACAGGGAGAGGGGAGACAGAGACACAAACCUGACAGGAAUAGACAGAGAGGAACUAAAAAGUCAGAGGGGAGCCAGAGACAAACUGGACAGAGAAAGAAUAGACAGACACAAACUGGACAGAGACAUAAACUGGACAGAGACAGGGGAGACAGAAACACAAACUGGACAGAGACGCAAACUGGACAGAGACAGGGGAGACAGAAACACAAACUGGACAGGAAAGGGGAGACAGAGACACAAACUAGACAGAGAAAGGAUAGAGAGACACAAACUGGACAGAGACAGGCUGUAAAAGAAGAAUCUGGGGAUAAAAUGACAGAUUGAGGAGAGGGGGCAGUUGGGAGAUUAUGGCCGGGGACAGAUUCGGGAAAAUAAGAACAAUAUACAGAUUUAGGUUCUAGGAGGAUAGGUCGGUUUAUUGGGAAAAUCAUAUAGCAGGGUAACGUUUGGGAGAAUAUUAAUGAUACAGGAAUAAUUUGUGGAAUAAAAUGAUAAAUUAAAGUGGCAAUAAAUGUGAUAAUAACGAUAUGAAAUAGACUGGGAGAGAAUAAAGGGAUACAUAAUAAUUAUAUGAUUGGGGUAAAUACAGGAAAUUUAUUUAGGAAACACUGGGACAUAGUGACAGAAUGAGGGCAGGGGGCAGAGUGGAAGAAUAAGGACAGGGGGCAGAGAGGGGGAAUAAAGGCAGGGGGAAGAGUGAAAAAAUAAGGGCAGAGGCAGAGUGGGUGAAUAAGGAGGGCAGAGUGGGAGAAUAAGGAGGGCAGAGUGGGAGAAUAAGGGCAGGGGGCAGAGUGGGUGAAUAAGGAGGGCAGAGUGGGAGGAGGGCAGAGUGGGGAACAAGGAGGGCAGAGGGGAGAAUAAGGACAGGGGCAGAGUGGGAGAAUAAGGGCAGGGGGCAGAGUGGGUGUUAAAGGAGGGCAGAGUGGGUGAAUAAGGGCAGGGGGCAGAGUGGUGAAUAAGGAGGGCAGAGUGGGAGAAUGAGGGCAGGGGGCAGAGUGGGUGAAUAAGGAGGGCAGAGUGGGAGAAUAAGGACAGGGGGCAGAGUGGGAGAAUAAGGGCAGGGGGCAGAGUGGGUGAAUAAGGAGGGCAGAGUGGGAGAAUAAGGGUAGGGGGCAGAGUGGGAGAAAAAGGGCAGGGGCAGAGUGGGUGAAUAAGGAGGGCAGAGUGGGAGAAUAAGGGCAGGGGCAGAGUGGGAAAAUAAGGGCAGGGGCAGAAUUAGAGGAUGGGAGCAGGAGUGUAAUAAGGAUGGGGAGGAGGGUUGUCAGAAAAUAUACAGGCUAACAUUGGGAGAUAAGGACAGGAUCAUAGAAGGAUAAAUUAGGGGAAUAAGGAGAUAGUGUUAGUAUAAGGGAAACACAUUGUGAGAAUAGGAACAGCAAGGGGAUUGGGGUAUUAUCAGUGAGGGAUAGAUUCUGAGUAUAAAGACAUGGAAAUAGAUUGGGACCUGUGUCUUAAACAUUGAUCAGAGUCCAAGGCAAUCGAUAGAUGGCAGCUUCCCUGGUCCUCCACACAAUACCAGACCUGCUAUGUUCCUCUCAAAUCAAAGAUUAGAGAAACUCCAGACAAUAGAUGGACCAGGUCCAAUCUAUAUUCCUCACUCACACACUAUACGGAUGGGGUGGGUUGGGGGGGAUUGGGGAGGGUGAAUGCCCCACGUUUGAUUGCAACCUGCUGAAAGCCCUUAGUUGCAUUUUAUAUCAUGUUUCAUUAUUAAAUAGGCAGCACGGUGGGCAACGUGAAGCCAGUAAUUAGCUGGGGUGAAUGACUAAUAUAUGUGUGCUGUUAAUAUUUCACGUGAAGUGGGGGUGAAGGAAGAGAUGAAGGGGAGGAGGAAACAUUGUAUAACACGCAAUACCCCACCCUGCACAUCCACACACCACCAGCACCACCUCUGUGCCCUGAGCCCCAUAUUCCCAGCUCUGACUAUGCAGUGAUCCAUGCUAAAUAUAUUCAUUUCAUCAGAACACAUUACACAGUGCUUACAUUAUUAUUAAUAUUAGUAUUACUACUACGUACUCAUAUGGAGGUAAUACUAUGUUACAUUAUGGAAGCAGGACUACAGUAAUACUAUGUUACACUAUGGAGGUGGUAUUAUAUUUAUACUAUGUUACACUGUGGAGGUAGUAUUAUAGUUAUACUAUGUUACACUAUGGAGGUGGUAUUAUAUUUAUACUAUGUUACACUGGGGAGUUAGUAUUAUAUUUAUACUAUGUUACACUAUGGAGGUGGUAUUAUAGUUAUACUAUGUUACACUGUGGAGUUAGUAUUAUAUUUAUACUAUGUUACACUAUGGAGGUGGUAUUAUAUUUAUACUAUGUUACACUGUGGAGUUAGUAUUAUAUUUAUACUAUGUUACACUGUGGAGGUAGUAUUAUAUUUAUACUAUGUUACACUGUGGAGGUAGUAUUAUAUUUAUACUAUGUUACACAAUGGAGGUGGUAUUAUAUUUAUACUAUGUUACACUAUGGAGGUAGUAUUAUAGUUAUACUAUGUUACACUGUGGAGGUAGUAGUAUAUUUAUACUAUGUUACACUGUGGAGGUAGUAUUAUAUUUAUACUAUGUUACACUAUGGAGGUAGUAUUAUAGUUAUACUAUGUUACACUGUGGAGGUAGUAGUAUAUUUAUACUAUGUUACACUGUGGAGGUAGUAUUAUAUUUAUACUAUGUUACACUAUGGAGGUAGUAUUAUAGUUAUACUAUGUUACACUGUGGAGGUAGUAGUAUAUUUAUACUAUGUUACACUAUGGAGGUAGUAUUAUAUUUAUACUAUGUUACACUAUGGAGGUAGUAUUAUAUUUAUACUAUGUUACACUAUGGAGGUAGCAUUAUAUUUAUACUAUGUUACACUAUGGAGGUAGUAUUAUAUUUAUACUAUGUUACACUAUGGAGGUAGUAUUAUAUUUAUACUAUGUUGCACUGUGGAUGUAGUAUUAUAUUUAUACUUUGUUAAACUAUGGAGGUAGUAUUAUAUUUAUACUAUGUUACACUAUGGAGGUAGUAUUAUAGUUAUACUAUGUUACACUGUGGAGGUAGUAUUAUAUUUAUACUAUGUUACACUGUGGAGGUAGUAUUAUAUUUAUACUAUGUUACACUAUGGAGGUAGUAUUAUAGUUAUACUAUGUUACACUGUGGAGGUAGUAGUAUAUUUAUACUAUGUUACACUAUGGAGGUAGUAUUAUAUUUAUACUAUGUUACACUAUGGAGGUAGUAUUAUAUUUAUACUAUGUUACACUAUGGAGGUAGCAUUAUAUUUAUACUAUGUUACACUAUGGAGGUAGUAUUAUAUUUAUACUAUGUUACACUAUGGAGGUAGUAUUAUAUUUAUACUAUGUUGCACUGUGGAUGUAGUAUUAUAUUUAUACUUUGUUAAACUAUGGAGGUAGUAUUAUAUUUAUACUAUGUUACACUAUGGAGGUAGUAUUAUAUUUAUACUAUGUUACACUAUGGAGGUAGUAUAUUUAUACUAUGUUACACUAUGGAGCUAAUUCUACAUUUAUACUAUGUUACACUAUGGAGCUAAUUCUACAUUUAUACUAUGUUACACUAUGGAGCUAAUUCUACAUUUAUACUAUGUUACACUAUGGAGCUAAUUCUACAUUUAUACUAUGUUACACUAUGGAGCUAAUUCUACAUUUAUACUAUGUUACACUAUGGAGCUAAUUCUACAUUUAUACUAUGUUACACUAUGGAGCUAAUUCUACAUUUAUACUAUGUUACACUAUGGAGCUAAUUCUACAUUUAUACUAUGUUACACUAUGGAGCUAAUUCUACAUUUAUACUAUGUUACACUAUGGAGCUAAUUCUACAUUUAUACUAUGUUACACUAUGGAGCUAAUUCUACAUUUAUACUAUGUUACACUAUGGAGCUAAUUCUACAUUUAUACCAUGUUACACAAUGUCCAGCUACCUUAGCUGUGUGAUUGCCAGAUAAUGGCUGCUUUAGGCCUGUUGCAGCAAGCCAGGCCUUGCUAGAAUCCCUGACACGUUAAGGGUUAAUGGGUUAUGCCUAGGUGUUAUAAAACAUAAAACAACAAUGCGUCAAAAUUUAGUUUAGCCUAUUUUUCAAAUCAUUUGCAGAUAAUGUGUCCAUUUAAAACAUGUUUCCUUUUCUUAAUUUCUGUAAUUUUAUUGUGUGUGUGUGUAUGUGUGUGUGUGUGUGUGUGUGUCUGUAUGUGUGUGUGUGUGUGUGUGUGUGUGUGUGUAGGUAGGUGGGUGGAGGUGACCCACGUUUGACAUAUAUAUAUAAAGUAAAAAAGUACGAAUAAGAUCUAUGAAAAAAAAGUGUUGUUACAAUGUCUAGAUACAUAUAGUUUGUUAAAAGGCCAUUAAUAAAGUUAUUAGUGUAAUUAAUAGAUAAUAUUCACCUUGAUUCUGUAUAUAUUUUCUGCGUUAUUUGGGGAUAUUUUGGCUAUCUAUAGAUCUGCCACAGUGAGUAAACAGUUAAACCCCAUCUUCAGUUAGAAAUACACAGACUUAUUCACUAUAGUGAGAAUUCAUCGUGUAUUCCAUGUGAACAUUCUCUAAAUCACUUAUACUUUGCUUGGAUACUUUGGCCUAACUUUGAAAUUCACUUUGAAUUCUCAGUUUGUUUAGUGAAUUAACAUGUCAGGGUUUGUGGUAGAAAUAUUCUAUUAAAAACAGAUAAACAGAGAAAAAUAGAAACACAAACAAUGCAUUUGAUAUUUGUAUUAGGAUGUAAAUGGCACAUUAACCAGUUACUCGUGGUGUGUUGAUGCUAGUGGUAAUUAAACAGUUAAAAUGACGUGUUCCAUUUGCUAUGAUGGCUUGAUCAGUUAACUAUAAAGGUUAUAGUGGUCAAUAAUCAGUUAAACGUGUUAGAUUUAAUAAAAACUUAUUAUUUGAGUAUAAAUAUUUAUCAUCUCUCGGUUAAAAAUAACUCCUCUGAUGUUAUUAAUUAAUUGUAUUAUUAAAUACAAUAUAUAGAAUCUUGUUAAAUGUAAUAUAUUGGUAAAAUGUAAAGUGUACGAUUUGCUAGAUGCAUAGGUAGAGAUUAUUCAUUUGGCACGUUAACGGUUAAACAUGAAGUUUUAGGGGGAAAGUAUUAUUUGUCAAGUAAAUAUAAAGGAUGGGGGCUGCCCAUUAAUCAAUUAAAUUUUUAAUGUUAUUUUUGAUGGGUUUGUCAGUUAAAAUUGAAGGAUCCAAGUGCUACUUUAAUGACAUAAGGAGGAUUCAAACAUAACUUAUAAUUUAAAUAUAAAGGAUUCGGUUGGAAUGUUAAUCAGAGGGCUCUGAAGUGGUUGUUGCUUUUUUGCUUGUUUUGUUUUAAGUGAUACAUGUAUCAAAGUAUUAUAAAAUAUUGAGUACUGGGACUUUAUCAGUGGGUUUUAUCCUCUAAUCGUUUUCUUUAGGUCCAAGAUCUCGUAAGCCAAAGAAGAAAGCCACAGUAACGAAGGAGGAUAAGAGGCCCAGAACUGCAUUCACCGCUGAACAGUUACAAAGGUUAAAGGCAGAAUUUCAAACUAACAGGUACCUGACAGAGCAAAGGAGACAGAGUUUGGCCCAGGAACUGAGUCUCAACGAAUCUCAGAUUAAAAUUUGGUUUCAGAACAAACGAGCAAAAAUUAAGAAAGCUACAGGAAGCAAAAACUCCCUGGCAUUGCAUCUAAUGGCACAAGGACUUUACAACCACUCGACCACUUCAAAAGACAGCAAAUCAGACAGUGAAUGAAAG